AUGAACAAAGCAUUUCAGAGAAAGCACUCGGACAAUAGUAUUCUCAAAGGCAAAACACAGCAUAACACUCAACAGCGAAGUCCCUUAAGUACCAAAGAAAAUGAUCACAAAUUCAAAUAUCCUGAAGUUAUUCGCAGAAAAGAAUCAAAACCUUUGCAAGUGCAAACCAACUAAUCAGACAUGAGAUCACCAAGCGCUUAAUCCACAUAGUCUCCCAUCAAUAAGAGCAUUCUCAUUACUCAUCGAUCUCAAUCAAUGUUCUAAGAUGCUUAAUACAUUGAUUAUAUUAUCACUAACAAAGAAGUGAAUUAAUUUCUUAAAAAACACUUCCUACAUGAACAUAUGCAUACAAAUAGUUCCAGAUAAACAAAUACUAAAUUGAUUUGUGAUUCCUGGGAUAAAGUGCCUGUCACCUAUUUUAUAAAAGCCUUAUUUGAUGAGUACCCUGAAAUCAUAGAGGAUCAUCAUUUGAAUGAAAAGUUGAACAUCAAAUUGAAAACACUCAUAAAAGACUUGAUUUCUGAAGAUGGACAACUCUUAUCAUUGAACAAACUAUAAAUCCAUACUCGUCAUUUAGGAUUGCUGGGAUUGUUACUGACUGCUCUCAGAGACAUUCAAGAUGCACCGACUGUGAAUCAUAAUACUCCCCAUAAUUAAUCUAUUUCACAUGAAUAGGAAGUCUCUACUGCAACUUAGUAAUAAUAAUAAUAAUACUAAUCCAAAUUUCAUAAGAUGGCUUCAGAAAUAACAUCAUCAGCCGAAAAUAGAAUAAAUGAAUUGGUAAAUUUGAAAUUGCAACAAUUCACAAUCAAACAAAAGGAAUUGGAAAAAUAAAUACAAUAAUUAAAAUAGAAGGCCACUGAGAACUUUGAUCUAUUCCAACAUGAAGCCAAAAACAAAUAAGUGAUCAACAAUCUAACCUAAUAGUUACAAUAGAAAGAUCUAAUCAUAGCAGAUCUAGAAUAAAAACUCAUUAAGAAAUGGAUGAACUCAUCCUUAGAAGAGGAAAUGCAUUCAACCAAAAUUGCAUAACCAAAGGCAUCACCAAUCAAAAUUUAGAGUCCAAGCCAAUCUCCCUUUAAUGACAGCAAUCAAUACUUAUAAAGAAUGAUUAAUAAUCUAUGCACUGUCUGGGAUCUAGGGUGUGUCAAUGAGGAUUACAGAUUUGCUCAAAUACUAACAGCAUAAGAAAACAAUCAAAUGCCUUAUUAACAUUUUCAAUUAAUUCCGAUUAUCAAAAACAAUCCCUGGCUUCAAUGA